UUAUUGUUAAUAUCGUGAAGGAUUUUUUUUUUCUUACAGGAAAGCUUAUUGAUCAUAUCCAGCUGCAUGAUCGUAUAAUGUCAGUGAACGCGGAGCAGCUCGCCUGUGCGAUCAUUUAUGAUUUAUCGAGAUGAUAUGAAUGUCAAGCGGUCGAGGUCCGCUCGCCACGGCUGGAUUUUCUAUCUUUAUUGUGGGGAAACAUCUGCCGCAAGCGUUUGGGUGAAUUUCUAAUCAUUUCUGUUAUUGACUGGGGAUUGAGGUUGUUUGUAGGUGUGUUUCUGUGCAGUGUGGGAGCCUCAGUGGGAAUGACAUGCUGCAGUAAAGACGGAGAAAUUGGAAAUAAUAUGGAUCAGAAAUCAUUGAUGAUGUGACUGCGACACUUGGAAAAGAAAAUGCUCCACGGUGGUCAACUUGUGCAGAAAUCAUUGCAAAUGGAUUGUGUGUCACAUUGAACAGCAUUUUGAGCGCAAGACCUCAGCCCCGCCAGUUUAUUGUCUGAACAACAGCUCGCAUUAACCCAGAGGAGGACAGUGUGUGCACUGAGCUUUAACACAGGACACCAUGUCGGCGGUGAUGAUAACGAAGAAGGUGCGAAAAUGGGAGAAGCUGCCGGGUAAAAACACUUUCUGCUGCGAUGGACGGGUGAUGAUGGCUCGGCAGAAAGGAGUCUUCUACCUGACUAUGUUCCUCAUCGUCGGGACCUGCUCUCUCUUCUUCGCUUUCGAAUGUCCGUACCUGGCUGUCCAUCUGUCCCCCGCCAUCCCAGUUUUCGCAGUUGUGCUCUUCCUCUUUGUGAUGGCCAUGUUACUGAGGACCAGCUUCAGUGACCCCGGGGUACUCCCGCGGGCCUUGCCAGAGGAAGCCACAUUCAUCGAGAUGGAAAUUGAGGCUGCCAAUGGGAACGUCCCCGCAGGGCAGAGACCCCCACCUCGGAUCCGCAACGUUCAGAUCAACAACCAGAUCGUCAAGCUCAAGUACUGCUACACCUGCAAAAUCUUCCGGCCGCCUCGCGCGUCUCACUGCAGCAUCUGUGACAACUGUGUCGAUCGUUUUGAUCACCACUGUCCAUGGGUGGGCAACUGUGUGGGCAAGAGGAACUACCGAUACUUCUACCUGUUCACCUUGUCUCUCUCCCUGCUCACCAUCUAUAUCUUCACUUUUGACAUCGUCCACGUGGUCAUGCGCUCAGUGGAUAAUGGCUUUUUGAAGACUUUGAAGGACACACCUGGAACUGUGCUGGAGGUAUUGGUGUGUUUCUUCACCCUGUGGUCAGUGGUGGGACUGACCGGCUUCCACACCUACCUGAUCUCUCUCAACCAGACCACCAAUGAGGACAUCAAAGGAUCGUGGUCGGGGAAGAACAGAGUGCAGAACCCAUACAGCCACAAGAACAUCAUCAAAAACUGCUGUGAGGUGCUCUGUGGGCCGACAUACCCGAGCGUCUUAGAUAGACGAGGAAUGAUGCAGGAGGAUUCGUCUGUUUCUGCAACGCCUGCUGCACCCUCCUCUUCUCCCUCCAGCAGCAGCAGCAACCCAGUGCCACAAACCACGAAAACCACAGCUCCACUCAUCCCUAAUGAGCACACACCUGAAGAUGCCAAGCCGAGCAUCGCUGCCUCAGCAGAGAAGAGCUGCUCCCCCAAAGAGGAGCUCCCUCCUGAUUCCAAGCUCCCGCCUCUUGCUUCACCCGAGACUGACGCAGAGGCAUCCAUCAUCAAGGACAAGGCCCAUUAG